UGCCCCCCCUGGUGGCUCACGCCAUCGCCCUAGUAACCGUCGCUAGGUUUAGCCAUUACAACUUCCGUGUACAGAACAACAGACAUUACACUAUUACAUGUUGGCCAUAAUGUGUUUAUUUAAUUUCGUAUUGCUUUGGAACGGAUGUUUUUGUCGGGUUGUGUUUAGACUAGUGUGUGAUUAAUGUUUUAGAGAAGACGGAACUGUGCAGCGUCCCAUUCGGAGUGCUUUCAGAACUACAUUUCCUACAAUGCUUAGCGUUGGGGUGACAACACGCUGCGGAUGUUUUCCUCCUCGUAGAAGCCGAAGGUUUCCAGGUGUCCUGCUAGCAUUCUUGUGAAACUUAUGCCUGAUAUUACAAUCAAUACCAAACCCGGAUCAUAAAAUAAACGAGUGGGCUUUACAGCUGUUGUGGAAGCGCGUGAGAGCGGAGGAUUCGCGAGCGGCUUCAUAAAGAGGUUAGUAGAGCAGAAUGCUGCUGUCAUCCGUACCACAGCGCAUGCUGAUGCGAAGGUCGCGCAGCCUGUCACCGUGUCGCGUGCUGCAAACGACCGGAGCCGACUCGUCUUGCUCCACAGGACGUCAUGGUUUGCGCGAGGUAGUGGAUGCCAAUCGGAAUCCCCUCGUGUCCACGUCUCGAGUGUCGAGGAAGGGCAUUUUGAGCGAGGAGGCUAGCUCCACGAAUGUGACCCCGCACGUGCAAUACCACCACCUCGCCACGCGGUGGCUAACCAACCUGCAGGGCCGCCGGAAUUCGUGGGCUGCGCUCGCCAGCAGAGGGCGCGAGAAUAACUACUGGGAUGGAGCGGGCGGAAGAGAAAGCCGCUCGUCACGGGCCGCGAGCGCAGGGGUGCUGUCGGCCGCCGCACUCGCGUUCUGCCUGAAGAAAGACUCAGACUCCAAAGGUGGAUCCCUUCUGCAGGCUGCAAGGACCAGCAGUUCUCAGGAAGUCCUCAGGUUAUUGGCUGAAGGAGCUGAUGUUAAUCAUCGUCAUAAAUUGGGCUGGACACCACUCAUGGUGGCUGCUAUGAACCGACAACACAAUGUGGUGAAGGUGUUGCUGGAAAAGGGGGCGGAUCCUAACCUGGGCGAUGACUUCAGUAAUGUGUAUGAAGUCUCCCGUGAGAAGAGCAUCCAUUCUCUUGAGGUCCUGGUGAGUCGUGAGGAUGAGUUCAGCAGUCGUCUGAGCUCCAGGGCAAACUUCAGAGGCUGCUCCCCUCUCCACUACGCCGUCCUGGCCGACGACCUCACCACCGUCAACAUGCUGCUGGAGGCAGGUGCUGACCCCCUCCAGUCCAACAGCCAGGGGCACAAGCCAGCGCAGUACGCCAAGGACGGCCCACUACAGGACCUGCUCAAGGAGUGGGAAGGCAAGUUUGUUGAGGCUCGUCAGAAGCGGGAGGCGCAGGAGAGGAGGCGGUUCCCUCUGGAGCGACGACUGAAGGAGCACAUCAUUGGCCAGGAGGGAGCCAUCAACACCGUAGCUGCAGCCAUCAGGAGGAAGGAAAAUGGGUGGUAUGAUGAAGAGCAUCCACUGGUCUUCCUCUUCCUCGGCUCCUCUGGCAUUGGUAAGACAGAACUGGCAAAACAGGUGGCUCGGUACAUGCACAAAGACAUCAAGAAGGGUUUUAUACGGGUGGACAUGUCCGAAUUUCAGGAAAAACAUGAGGUGGCUAAGUUGAUUGGCUCUCCCCCUGGUUAUGUGGGCCAUGACGAGGGUGGUCAGCUGACCAAGCGUCUGAAGGAGUGUCCCAACGCCGUGGUUCUGUUUGACGAGGUCGACAAGGCCCACCCCGACGUCCUCACCGUCAUGUUGCAGCUCUUUGACGAGGGGAGGCUCACCGAUGGUAAGGGGAAGACCAUAGAGUGUAAGGACGCUGUCUUCAUCAUGACGUCUAAUGUGGCCAGUGAGGAUAUUGCCCAGCAUGCUUUGCACCUGCGGAAAGAAGCCCAAGAACAGAGCCGACGACGUCUGGCUGAAAAACUGGAGGAGGUUCAGAAGAGCAGUGACGUCACCAUCUCCAAGCAGUUUAAAGAAGAGGUCAUACGUCCAAUUCUGAAGAGUCAUUUCCGUAGGGAUGAGUUUCUGGGGCGGAUCAAUGAGAUUGUUUACUUCCUCCCUUUCUGCCACGCCGAACUCAUUCAGCUCGUCAGCAAGGAGCUCACCUUCUGGGCCAAGAAGGCGAAGCAGAGGCACAACAUCACACUGCUGUGGGAUCGGCCAGUGCUGGACCUGUUGGCAGGGGGCUACAACCUGCACUACGGGGCUCGCUCCAUUAAACACGAGGUCGAGCGCUGUGUGGUGAACCAGUUGGCCGCCGCCUAUGAGCAGGAGCUCCUCCCCAAAGGCUGCACGCUCCGCCUCUGUGUCGAUACGCCAUUGGAGGAGGAGGGAGGGGCGGGGCCUACACUCAAACUGGAGGUGGUGGGGGACGACAGCUCGACACGCCCACUGCACAUACGACCCCCCCUCAACCCAGACCCCAUGGGCUUCGCACACUAACACACACACACACACACACACACACACACACACACGCCCACUGGACAUACGACCCCCCCUCAACCCAGACCCCAUGGGCUUCGCACACUAACACACACACACACACACACACACACACACACACACACACACACACACACGCCCACUGCACAUACGACCCCCCCUCAACCCAGACCCCAUGGGCUUCGCACACUAACACACACACACACACACACACACACACACACACACAGGACAUACAAACCCCACAUCAAUCCAGUGGACAUGGGGUUCGCACACUAACACACACACACACACACACACACACACACA